GCUGGAAGGAGGCGGCGAGGGGUGACAUCAGCGCAUGACUGUGUUUUUAUGAUGAAAGGAAUCUUGUGAGUGAGUAAUUCCAGGAAACUCACAUUACAACCUCAGCAGAUUGCUGCUGCGUUCGCCGCUGUCCCGCGCGCCUCCCGCCAGCAGGCAGCCUCCACUCUCGGCUGCCCGAGCCCGAGUCGGAGCCCGGAGCACGGCCCGGGAGGUGGCGGUCGGAGGCCCGAAGUGACCCACCACCCCGGGGUGGCGGAGGAGGAGAAAAAUCGGAGAGGAAGAGGAGGAGGAGGAGGAGAAGGGACAAGGGGAAGGAAGGAGAGACUCCCGGACAGCGCAGGAGAGCCAGGAUCUCCAGCCCUGAGGGCGCCAGACCCCGAAAUGUCUACAGACGCCUUAUCCAGCAAAGCGCUGAAGAUCAAGCGUGAGCUGGGAGAGAACACGGGCCCACACCUAUCUGAUGAGGAGUUGAUGGCGCUGUCUGUGAGGGAGCUGAACCACCACCUGCGAGGCCUGUCCAAAGAGGAGGUGGCACGGCUCAAGCAGCGGCGCCGCACGCUCAAGAACCGUGGCUACGCUGCCAGUUGCCGGGUGAAGCGCGUAUGCCAGAAGGAGGAGCUGCAGAAGCAGAAGAUGGAGUUGGAGCGCGAGGUGGACAAGCUGGCCCGGGAGAAUGCCGCCAUGCGCCUUGAGCUUGACGCCCUGCGCUCCAAGUACGAGGCACUGCAGGGCUUCGCGCGCUCUGUGGCAGCACAUGGUGGGCCUGCUGCCAAGGUGGCGCCAGCCAGCGUCAUCACCAUCGUCAAGUCUUCAGCCUCAGCAGCUGCUGCCAGCCCAGCUGCCUGCUCCUCGUGACCGCGGGCCCCGCCCCCUGCCCCUCUCUACCCGGUUGGGGGAUCCUGGCCCAGGCUCCGCCUCUGGCUCCCAUCUCCGCUCCAAUGACAGGGAGACUGGGCACUUACCACGCCCCCUAUCAGGCCCCGCCCACAGGCUCCGAUUCCUUAUUCUAGUUAUUGGCCCCUUGUCUUCAUGGGGUUUCAAUUUCUCCCUUAAAGCCUCGCCUUAACACCCCACCGGCCCCGCCUCUCCCGCUUUCCUCGCACUGUUGCACUCACAGGCCCCGGGAUGGGGUCGGGGUGGGCAUUCCUCUGGGGAAAGGGCGGUAGCUCCAAAGGGCAAGCAAGCCCCUUCUCUACCGCCCACACAAAGGUGGCUGAAGAAGUUCAAUCUACAAGGAUUGAUCAUGCGCCAUCUUUUGUCAGGCGCUCUGGCGGCCCUUCACCUGCCAUGCAGGGAAAGCACCCGGGGCUGCCCAUGCCCUUCCUUACUCCCCUCCCGUUUCCCCAGCUAUAAAGUGGGCAGAGGAAGCUGCUUUAGGGAGAGGGGGAACAAGCUCAGGCCUGUACCGUGGGGACCCCAGGGCAGCAAGCGGUUCAGCCCCUCCCCCAGAGGUCGGAGAGAGGAGGGACAGGUAGGCGCGAUGGCCCAGUCUCCCCUCCUCCACAUUUUCAGUUCUCUUGGCUUCUCUGCAGCAGACACUGGGGAAGCAGGUUGAAAACCUGGCUUGGGCGUGUAGGAGCUCUAUUCCGGAGGACUAGGGGCUCCCAGAGGUGGCUCGACAUCCCCCACGGCUGAGGAGGACCUUUGGAGCCCCUUCCCUGAGGGCCCCGAGGUGGCCAUUGGAGCUGGAGAGAAGGAAAUACUCUGCAGCAGCACCGCGAUGACCUCUGGCCUGGCUCCACUCCCCGGGCAGCGCGGCGAAUCCUGGGAGCACUUUUGGGGAGGGGGCCGAAGCGUCUGGGGGUUCUUGUCUUCCAAUGGAGGAAGGCCUCUUCCGGUCUCGUGCCCCGCUGCCCCUUCCCUGUGACACACUCGCCAGCCUCCCUUCCCCGGCCCCACCCCUUUUUUAUUUAUUGCACUGAACUAAGUUAUUCUCCGCCACAGCUACCAGCCCCGCAGGAGCCCGGUCAGGACGCAGUCUUCUACCUGCCAAUAGAUGCCCCUUUACCUUCUCUGCACCAGAAGCCCCGCGGUGCCCCCGGGCUCCGGAAGAUAUUUAUUUUCAGACUUCGAGUAAGCGUUGCUCGCCGCCUCUAUUUUGUAGACUAUCUGAAUAAAGCAAGUUCUUUUUCACGG